AUGGUUGGGUUUGUAGUUGGAUUUAUAAUAGGGCUUCUGUCUUUCCCAAUGAUUUACUGCCUCUCUCCUCGAGCUGUCGUUGAGGUCAAUAGGAAAAAGAUGCUGAGGAUAAGCAAUAAGAGUAAAGGAAUCGAAAUUAAUGACGAGCAGAUGAAGACGGUAGUUAAGAGCAUGCACAGAUGUAAAGAUACCCAUUGGGUCAAUGCUGUUCUCCAAAGGCUUUACUUCGAGAUUUCCCGAUCAUAUGCUAUUGAGACUAGGAUCAAAUCCAUGAUACUGAAGAGAUUUGAAGUAUCCGGGAUAGGCAAAUACUUCAAAAGCAUUGAUAUUGUCGAAGUGGCUCUCGGGAAAGAGGCACCAUAUGUGGAAAGCAUCCAGGUGGUCUCUGACGAUGACGUAUGUAAAAUCAUUUCUGAAGAAGGGCAUAAGUGCGCAGACAGUGAAGAGGAGAAGCUAUUCCACCUUGAAGAGGAGAUCAAAAGAGGAUUAGGACUUGGGGAUGAGAUACUUAGAGAAGAAUGUGGGUAUGGAGGAUCUGAUGAAAGUUUUGGACAUGAAGAAGUCGAAAGAAUUGGGGAGGCGAUAAAAGCAAGCACAGGUGAUUGCAAGAAGUGCAUACCCGAGGCAUCUGAGAAUUCUAUUGAAUCUUCCCUUACUUCGCAGGACAGAGAAGCAAACCGAAUGAUGUUUUCACAGAAGAUUUUUGAGAGACUCCAGGUUCUUUUAGGAAUCAAUUAUGGGGGAGGAGCACAGAUUUCCUUGAGUUUGGGGCUUCCAAAGGGAAUAGUUCUCAAGACCACCAUAUUCAUUAAUGGAAUGAAAGGAGACGUUCUUGUCAGAAUACCGUCAAAGGACUACGAUACAAGAUAUGAAUACUGCUUUCUAUUCAAGCCAGAGCUUGCAAUAACGGUAGAAUCUGGGAUAUCUGGCGAGAUAGGAAAGCUUUACUUCAGAAAGUCGAUCUCCAACUUCAUAGAAAGAUAUAUAAGACAUUUAGUAUCAAGGACCAUGGUCUACCCGGCAUGGAGUGGGCAGUAUCUUCCAUUUAUUGUUCCACCAAUCAAGGAUGUGGUGCACAAGAUCGAGAAGGUAACGUUGGAAAACCAUAGUAUUCAACUUCCGCAGAUAGUAGAAGGUAUUCUUCUUUACUCUUCAAUGGACUACAAGAUUGUGGAUGUUGAUGGUGAAAUGGUGCACAGAAGAGCCGGGAAUUUCAUUAAUGAAAGAGAAAGGAUACUCUGCACACACUUUCCCAUUCCCAAGAUAUCGCUCAAAGCAACGCAAUCUGUAGGGAAGAAUAGACUUUUCAAAGGGCUAACUCUACAGGAAAGCAAAGUCAUGAAUCAACUGUACAGUUGGACAGCUUUUUCCGACGUGAUUUCUAGAUUUCGGGAGCUAAGGGUGAAAACCGUUCUCACACCUAACUCGUCUUUAGUUGAGCUUGUGUUUGAAAAUACAAAAUAUGAGUUUGUAAGGGUGGUUGUGAAGAACGGACUGAUUUUCCAAAGAAACGAUCCGGAGAGCCCAGAAUUUAUUGUGUUCAAGAUAGUUCGGGAAGUACUUUACAUCUACCAAUACGUGGAGACUAAGGAUUUUAUGAUGAAUAGGAGAAGAAUAUGGAAAUUGAGGCAGAAGUUCGACUUCAAGCCACUUACAGCACUUGGAUCCGCAUCCCUAUACAAGCUAAUCCGAUUUUCCAAAAGAGUGAUGUUUAGUUACCUUAAAAAACCUCCAUGCCAAAUUGGAGAAGAAUCCACGGACUCGGGCUCUGUUGAAAGAAAUGGGGAUAUGAAAACAGAGCUAGUUGAGGUAUUUGAGGAGAUAAAGAAGUCUUUUUCUGAUGAAGAAUAUCAUUUGAAGAAGAUGUGCUCAAAGGCAUCUAUAGAAUCUAUCUAUAGAGUUUUGUCUCAGGAUGAGGUCCGAGCUAAGUUAUUCUCUGAGGACUGUGGAAUAUACACUGUUAUUAGUGAAGCAGAUAACAUUCGCAGCAUUGUCAUUGAGAGUAGAUCACGGAGCGCCAGCAUGCCUUCUUAUCAGGCAAGUACAUGCCUAGACAUCACCACCGAGAUAGAAGAGGAUUUCAUCAUCCAUUCUUAUUUUGAUGUGGACACUAUUAUUGAUGUAAGGUUUGGAAAGGAAAAGGAGGUUCUUAUGUACAGAAUAAUGAAGAUGGAGGAAAAUUCAUAUGGAUAUAACUCAAAAGUGGAUCUUUACUAUAGCAAGUCUAUGAAUCUUAGGUUCCCAAACUACUUUGUGGAAGCUUUUCAGUUGAGGAUAAGGCAGGAUGAAUAUUUAACGAUUGCAACCAAGUAUCCUUAUUCUACAUCCCCAGUGAAAAAAGAGUUUAGAAAAGAGGUGGAGAUAAAAAAAGGUGCCAUUUACAUCGAAUUCUACACCGAUGUUCCCGACGAUUACUCUUUUACGGUCUAUGGACACUCCGGGGAUCUUGUGUAUGAUAUAUACAAGAUAAUCACUUCUAGGAAGGUAAAGAUAGUCCUUCCUGUUGCAAAAGAAAAGGAGACAUUUUCCAUUAUUCUUGUGCCAAAGUUCAACAGAAAUAGAAACAUCCAUUAUAAAAUCCUUUCUCUUCCAGAACAAUUCUCCAGUGAGGUUUUGGUUGACUGCAACAUCGGAUUGUCGAGAAAUAUGAAGUUCUACUGCCCGGUAGUUGGAAAAACAGACUCUGUGAUAUUCUGGGAGAAGGGAGACGAUGAUAAGAUCAAAGGGUAUAUAGAGAACAGUGAUACGAAAAUAAUGAUAUCAAGGAAUGGGACUAUGAGAACAGAGAAUAGGGAGUAUAAUAUCUAUUACAAAAACAAAGGGGAGAAGAAAAGAGAUAUAAGAGUGUUCCUUGGGAUAAGCCUGAGGAAACCGUAG